UAAAAGUUAAAAAAAAUAAUUUGGUUUUUAGAAUCCUAGAGGAUGCUUUCCAAGUGGAACGGGAGCUUAAGAUGCACUACGAAAAUCUGAUUCUACAAACUAUGCAAUCCCUUGCGAUAUUUCUAAAUAUGUCUGAUAACAUUGAAAAAGGCGAACCUUUUCAGCAGGAGGUGUUAAAACGUAGACGUCAUGUUAUUGGAACGGAUAACCACCCCAUCAUUGGAUCAAUCAUGAACAAUAUGGGUGUAAUGUAUGAAAGAAAGAAAGAUUUUCGAAAGGCUGCUGAAUAUUACCGAAACGGACUUAAGAUCAAAGAAGAAACAAAUGCGCCACUAAAGGCAUUUAUAAUAUCUGAAACAAAUGUAGCCCGGAGUUUGCUAGAAAGUGGGCAGACCGAGGAAGCAAUAGUCCUGCUGGAAAAUAGUUUCAAGCGUCUCGAUGAUUUUCCAUCUCUUUUUAGCGAUGCAAAAUCUUUGCUUUGGGAAGCAAUGGGCAACGCAUUUAUUAAGGUGAACAAUUUUGAGGAGGCAGCGGAGUCUUUCAAGAAAGCAAUAGAAUAUUGAUCUCACAGUUCUGCCGUGGAUCACUCUAUUUUAGGUUUGGUAUGUUUGUAUGCCAAAAGUCUACUGGCGUUGGCUGAAUAUGAGAAAGCUAUAAAAGAAAUAAAGAAAGGUCUCUGUUUAUGUGACACAACCAUUAAAAAUACCCCCACGAAACCUACUAUCAUUCUAACAUAUGAGAAGUUAAUGGAAGCGCAAUUUGCUUUAAAGAGGAGAAAGGACUUGGAGAAAACCUAUGAAGAUGGAAUAGCCAAAUUCUAUCGGUUGAUUAAAGUGUACGAGAAUUUGAAGAACUUCAAUAAAAGACAGGAUGUGUUGGACCAUCUUCGGAAGUUCAAAGCAAGAUAUGCUGAAAUGCUUGCACAGUUAAAUGGCGAAAUACCCAUUGAAGGCUGCACUAAUAAUACAUUAACUGUUGUAUCAUUUUGUACGCUGAGAGUCAUUUGUGUGGUGUUUCUAUAUGUAUGCAUGAAAAUUAAAGAACAAUAAUUCUAAAUAUGUUAAGAGAGAAAUUUCAUGACAUUUACAAAAAUUUCAAGCAUGUUUUUCAGAUUUGUAAUAAUUAUCUUAUGUGCUUAUGACUGAGGGUGUACAAAUGAU